AUGGCCUAUCGCAGCCAACGGCCAAUGGUAGCCGAAGACACGCUGGCCCCCAACGACUCAGGUUGGAAAGAAACAAACAAAGUGUCUGACCUGCGGAUCCCUGCAGUCUGCCAGAGCUCUCUCUCAAUCUUUCUCAAUGUUUGUCUUUCAGGGGAGAUGGCGGUUCCAUAUUAUACCGGACGGGUAACAGACUUGCUCAUAAGCAAGGAGGAAGCCUCGACCUUCACGAAUGCUCUGUAUAUGAUGGCUUGUUUCACUCUGGCCAGGUAUGAUGGGGAGAAACUACUCAGGCUUCUGAUGGUAAAAUGGAAGCCAGGAGGCACAGUGCAUAUCAAUCCGGAGCUCAUUUCUUGGCUAGAGAGGCCUUUCCUGAAGGCUUCUGAUGGUGACAUUGCUUCCCACAUCUCGUCCGGCAUCGAUACCAUGAGCGAAGCCCUCUCACACGAUCUGAGCCUCGUGAUGUGGUACCUGCUCCGGGGCAUCUGCUACUAUGCCAUGAUGCUGUGGAUCUCUGUGCCAUUGGCCACCUUCGUCAUUGUGACCAUGCCCUUCAUCCUGCUGUUGCCGAAGUGGUCGGGGAAGUUCUACCAGAUGUUACAACUGGCUCUCAAAGUGGGGAUUCUCUCUUAUGGGGGAUGCCUGGUCACUCAAGGGAAGUUAACUGGUGGAGCACUUGUUACCUUUGUCCUGCAGGAGACUGAGCUUUCCACAGUGGUGCGGGUCCUCCUUUCUUCUUACCCCUCCGUACAAAAAGCCGUGGGUUCAUCAGAAAAAGCUUUUGAGUAUAUGGACCGGACACCUCAAAUCAAGCCCUCAGGAACAUUGGUGCCCACACAUUUAGAAGGAAAAAUGGAGCUUAAAGAUGUUUCGUUCUCCUACCCCAACAAUGGCAACUCUCUAGUGCUAAAG